ACCCCACCCUCUCAGACUAAAGCAAAAAAAUCAAAUUUAGCAAUUUUACUGGAAAAUUUCAGCAUUUAUUCUACCGGAAAUCUGGGUGAACUUGGAAUGAUCAGUUUGUUUCGUGCAUGUUCAUCAAUAUCAUCAAAGGCUACUAGCCUUCUUCUUACGAAAAGCCCGUCUAGCAAACAUUUUUUCCAAAGUUCGGCUGUUAGAACAGUAAACUUGGAAUUGUUGUCAGCAAAACUUCAGUUCCAGUGCUAUUCAUCGAAAAGUUCUCGUAAGGGGAAAACCGUUCUUGAACCAAUAAUGAAAGAAGACAAGGAAUCGUUUUUCGUUGUGCGCAAGGGUGAUCUUGUUGGUGUUUACAAAAGCUUAAGUGAUUGUCAAGCUCAAGUCGGAACCUCGAUAUGCGAUCCACCUGUCAGUGUGUACAAAGGUAACUCCAUGCCAAAGGACACAGAAAAGUAUCUAAUCUCUUGUGGGCUUAAGAAUGCUCUUUACUCCAUUAGAGCUUCUGAUCUUACCGAAGAACUUUUUGGCACUCUCGUCUCCUGCCCUUUACAGCCUUCUUCUUCUAGAGGUGAAACAUCGAGUAGUGAGCCCGUUUCGAGGAAGAGGCCACAGGAAUUGUGGUCAGAGUAUGGGGAGCCCGUGGGCCCCAUUUUGCCUCCGAGUGAUGCUUUGGCAAAGCAUUUCAAGUUCGAACCUCAAUCACUUAGUAGAUGUUGUACUCUUGAGUUUGAUGGUGCUUCAAAAGGAAACCCUGGACAAGCUGGGGCAGGAGCCAUCGUAAAAUCCGAUGAUGGAAGUUUGAUUUGUAGGGUGCGUGAAGGCUUAGGGAUUGCUACGAAUAAUGUGGCUGAAUAUCGGGCGUUUAUAUUAGGGUUGAAAUGUGCACUUGCAAAAGGUUUUACUACUGUUCAAGCUCGAGGCGACUCCAAACUUGUUUGCAUGCAGGUUCAGGGCCAGUGGAAGGUUAAAAACCAAAACAUUUCAUGCUUGUACGACGAGGCCAAGAAAUUGAUGGGCAGGUUUAGUAAGUUCCAAAUUAUGCACGUUCUAAGGGACUUAAACUCUGAGGCUGAUGCUCAAGCUAACUUAGCUGUCGAUCUUGCUGCGGGACAGAUUCAAGAAGAUAUUGAUAAAUAGCUUUCAAAGUGGAGGCUGUUUAGACAGUGAUAUAUUAUUUAAUUCUCGUUGUUGAUUAGAAUCCUCGGAUCGUAAUUCAACAUCUACUAAAACCAACGCGCUGAAACGGGAUUUUUUUUUUCUUUUUCUUUUUGAUUUGUCGAAUUUGUUGUUUUUGUAUUUUGAUUUAUUAUGCAAUUUUGAACUUUUCGAUUAAGUGGGGGGCUGUAGUGUAAAGUAGCAUAGGGUUGAGGGCUCUCUUAGUUCUCAUAUAUGUGCAAUGUGUCCAAUUAUGUAGACCAAUAAAUACUAGGUUUAUUGAUGAUAAAUAGGUGUGUGUAAUUUCUUGAUUUAUGUAAUGGGAAAAAUGUUGCUGAAAUUUUUAAGUUUCUGAUUCCUAU